AUGGUCAACCGUCGUCUGAUGACAGAACUUGAGGAAAAACACCUUCUUGAUAACAGACAACACGCUUUUCGUAAAGGAAGGGGAACCAGCAGCUAUUUUUGCGAACUCGACGAAAAAAUACAGAAAGCUGCUGAACAACACAUGCACGUAGAAUUCGUUACUCUGGAUAUCGCCAAGGCAUACGACCGCACAUGGAGGCACAACAUUCUUCAGCACUUGAAUCGAUGGGGAAUCGACGGCAGAAUGUUUUCAUUUAUACAUGACUUCUUGACGGGUCGGAUGUUCCGAGUCGUCGUUGGUGGAACAAAAUCAUCACGCCGCUGUUUGGAGAACGGUGUUCCGCAGGGCUCUGUGUUGUCAGUGACACUUUUCUUAGUCGCGAUGCAGUCAAUUUUCGACCACGUACCGGAAGGAAUCGAAAUCCUACUUUACGCUGAUGACAUCCUGGUAAUUAGUACGGGACCUUUUGCUUCAUCGGUACGGAAACGACUCCAAAAGGCAAUCGAUAUCAUAAACUCAUGGGCACACAAUAUCGGCUUUCAAGUAUCCGCCGAGAAAUCACAGCUGAUGCACAGCUGCUACAGAAAACACCACGGAAAAGCUCCUCCCGCCCUGCAAGUUAGUGAAAAUACUAUUAAUAAGGCAAAUUGUAUCAAACUUUUGGGUGUUUGGAUCGACAAAAGACUGAAUUUUAAGAAACACAUAAAUAUAACUAAGAAAGAUGCAUCUAAACGACUAUGUCUUCUUCGAUGCAUAAGUGGACGCAGUAAAAUCGGAUGCCGGAAAACCAUCGCAAGUAUCGGCAAAUCGUUAAUCGUCCCAAAAAUUACCUACGGCAUUGAAAUCGUUAGCCGCAGCGGAUUGGAAGUUUUCAGCAGAUUGACUCCCACCUACAAUAGUAUUUUUCGAUUUGCAUCGGGUGCAAUGCCGUCCAGCCCAAUCCCUUCACUUAUGGCCGAAGCGGGAGUGUUACCUUUUGAUCUUGUAGCUAUCGAAAUUUUUGCUCGGUGCGCCAUGAGAUUCCAACAGAAAGCGAUGGAACCGACAACAACCUUCUCACGGGCCAGUACAUGGUUCGAAAAUGUCGUAGAAUGCAAAUUGCCGAAUAUCCAAAACACCUCGGGACUCCGGCAGCGUAGAUGGAAUACUCCGAAACCUGAAAUCGACUGGGGAAUCAAAAAACUUGUCAGUGCUGGCGAAAAUAGCAACAAAACCAGGGUAAUCUUUGCAUCUCAUGUUGACCAGAAAUACAAACGUCACCAACACAUUUACACGGAUGGGUCGGUGCGUGACGGUUCCGUCGGCCUAGGCGUCACAAGUAAAGAAGUCGAAAUCUGCCUCAAACUCCCGGAAAGUUGCUCCAUUUUUUCUGCCGAAGCUGCUGCUAUAAAUCAUGCAAUAGAAAUAGCCGAACAAUCUGGAAAACCUACAGUUAUUUUUAGCGACUCGGCGAGUUGUCUCUCAGCCAUUGAAGGAGGAAGCAACCCGCACCCGUGGAUCAGAAGAGCUGAAAAUAGAUGCAUUGAAAAUUCGAUUGCAGUUUGCUGGAUCCCAAGUCAUUGCGGCAUCGUAGGCAACCAUAAAGCAGACUUCUUGGCAGACAAAGGACGCACCAGUUUUCCAAUGGAUAAUGUUAUCCCGUACCAGGAUGCACACCGAUGGGUGCAUACCCUACUCCGGCGCCACUGGGAACAAGAAUGGAUUAAUCGGAACACCUCUCACCUGCGAAAAAUCAAAACUAACACAUUUAACUGGAUUGACCGGAAACAACGACUCGAGCAGAGAUGCCUCACCCGGCUGAGGAUAGGACAUACCAGGAUUACCCACAGUUUCCUCAUGGAACGGAAAGAUAGACCAAUUUGUGAAGAAUGUCAAACCAUCCUUGAUGUUGAACAUAUCUUAUUAACUUGUCCUAAAUAUCAAAUUGAACGUAGGAGAUUAGGUCUAGAUUCUUCUUUAAAAAGCAUUUUAGCUAGAGAUACCAAUAAGGAAACCAAAGUUAUAGAAUUUCUGAAAUCAAUCAAUCUAUACGAUAAAAUCUAA